AUGCCUCACAAGUCAACAAAAAAGGAUGGUCACAGCAAAAAGGUAAAGGUCGGCAUGACGACCCCCAGCUCAGUCCUUCCGAGGGAAAGCGAAGAUCGUAGGUGUAACACGACAUACACUACGAUGCUAGCUAUCACAUCGGGAAUCGGUGACAAAGGAGAAAUGAGGAAGGCCACCAAGGAUGGGCUUGGACAGGCACUGGUGAAGGAGGAACUUCACAUUAAGGAUGUUAGGAGUGAACCUCCCGUGGACAAUCAAUAGAAGGACGCCUUGUGCGAGUUAGAGAUCACUGAGCUUAGGAAGAAAUUGCUCACUUUGACUGUUUCAUCGCGCGAGUAUAAGCUGGUGCGGAAUCGGUUCAUCAGUACUUUUAAGUGUGACAAGCUUAAUAUCGAGGCUAGCUCGGACACCCAAAUCCUUCAGGAAGGAAAUGUGACUGCGAUUGGGGGUGAUGCAGUUAUCGACGCCACGCUCUAUAAAUCAGGUGUAAGACGUGACCCCUCUACCUUUGAGAACCUUUAUGGGUUGGACCCUCUGCGGAUAUUGAAAUUCAGUGAGUGACCCUUCCUAUCCUUGAAACUUUUUGGGCUGACCAUUUCAGAGAGCGAGGCGACUAUUGCCAUUCUAAACACGCAUGCCGCCAUUGUUUCGUCGCAGUCCAGGGUUGGCAGUGAGAAAUUCUAGAAGUCAUUUGUAGAGUUUAUUGAACUUCUACGAGCUGCACACUAUGACGAAAGUUAUCUGGAUGACAGUAGACUGGGUAGUUUGA